CGUCAUAGCGCGCGUGCACGGCGGACGGAGACACGCGAGGAGUCAGCAAGAGAGAGAGAGAGUUGCACUAGCCGCUGUAUUUUGCCUGCGUGUGAAUCAGAGCAAGCAAACAUCAGCUCCAUCUUUAAGGCACAAGGCUUUCGCUUAAAAAAAAAAAAAAAGCAAGUGUAAUUUUGUUGGAAGCUGAAAGUUGAUCCCGACAUGCAGCCAUCAACUGCUAAGUGGUAUGACAGACGGGACUCUGUCUUUAUUGAAUUCUGUGUAGAAGACAGCAAAGAUGUUGAUGUGAAACUCGACAAAUCAAAGCUUAACUUCAGUUGUGUAGGUGGAGUCGACAGCAUCAAAUAUCAUAAUGAAGUAGAACUAUUUGAGGCCAUUGACCCAAAUGAGUCAAAACACAAACGUACAGACAGGUCGGUGUACUGCUGUCUACGAAAAGCAGAACCUGGCAAGUCGUGGCCGAGGUUAACAAAAGACAAAGCAAAGUUUAAUUGGCUCAGCGUUGACUUCAACAACUGGAAAGACUGGGAAGACGAUUCAGAUGAAGAGUUGUCCAGCUAUGACCGAUUCUCAGAGAUGAUGAACAACAUGGGAGGGGAAGACGAUUUGCCUGACAUGGAUGGUGCAGAUGAUGAAGAAUCUGCAGAUAGCGACGAUGAAAAGAUGCCAGAUCUUGAGUGAAGCUGCAAAGGAAAUGCCGUGGCAGAAAACAAGGCUCAUUGCUUAAAGUUAUUUGGAGGGGAGGGGGGGAGAUACGGUUUUUGGUUUUUUUUUUUGUGGGGGUGAACAUUUAAUUUAAAAAAAACAAAACAAAAAAAAUGGAUCAACAACCAAUACAACAGAAUGCCUAAACUGAAGCUGUUUUCCAGGCUUUGAGUGUCUCAUCAGAGCGUCCCAUUGUGCUGAUGAAUGUCAAGUCAUCAGCACUGUUUUCUCUACCUUUUUAUUCUGCAUGGACAAUUCAAGUUCUCCAUCAUGUUUUGUGGAUUCUAGUUAUCGUCCAUUUAAUCAACAGUGGCUGAGAGAGGGAGAGAUCACUUUCCACCAGUGUCUGUGACAAACCAUUAUAUAACAUAUGCACAUUAUAAUUACCAGUGAUUGGAAAAUUAUUGUUCUCUCCCCCCCCAAUCCACAUUAGACCCCAUUACCCAAUUCCUGUUUGACAGUGAAUCAUCUUAUUUCAGUUUUGUUUUUUUUUUAUGUUAAUUCAAGCCUGUUUUGCGUGUGUGUAUGGGAGUGAAGCACACAUUCUUUUCCCAGAUCUGUGCUUCUUUUACUCAACUGCAAAUACUAGCCAAAUCAUUUACUGGAUUUAAAUACAGCAGGGAAACCUGUUUCGUUGUCAUUCUAGAUAUAUUUUUCUUCCCCCACCCAAUCCAGGAAAUAGGUUGAUUUUUGUGUAACUCCCAAUAUGUUCAACAUACAUAGUCCUGUCUGUACACAUGGCUUUCCUGAAUGAUUGAUUAAGUUAGUAAUCCAUUGUCACACUUGACCGUGUAGCAGGCAUUUGAGCACUGAUAUCUUCCAUUGAUGUGAAGUGAUAUAUAAUGUAAGCUUCACCGCUGUACAGAACAAAAGGAUAAGUUAUCAAUAGCUGACCAAAUUGUGAUUGCACUCCUAAUAUCAAUGCAAGUGUGACUAAAAAUAUUUGUUGUGCUAACCUGCCACCACAGGUUGAAGAACUUGUUUGUUAAACACAGUGGGGUUUUGUCUACAUAUUUCUAAUAAACUGUCUCUAAACAA